CUUCUCAUACCAGUAGCGGGCUGGGAGCAGCACGCAAGCUCUGCUGCGUUUUCUUCUCUUGCUUUUGACUUGAGGGGUGCCCUGCGGACGGGAGACGCGCACGGAGUGAAGCUAAGCUAGAUUGAGGGAACAUAGAUGAGCUCUCGGGAGAGGGAAAUGGCGGGGUUCGAUCCGCUCGACCCCGGAGCCGACCCGCCCGCCAGGGCGCUCACGGGGGACCAGGUCAAGCGCUGCAAGAAGGCGCUCAAGGCGCUCGAGAAGAAGCUCAGGGAACCCACCGCUCUCUCAAAGGAGUUCUACAGCCUCCCGGAUAUAAGAGUGCUUCAGUCGAGUACUGUUGCUCGGAGACCUGAAAAUAGGGCAAGAAAUUGCUAUAUUGAUGUUUUGCCAUUUGAUGAAACCAGGGUGCGAUUAAACUCUUCAACAGGCAAUGAUUACAUCAAUGCCAGCCUUAUAGAGAUUGAUGGAAGAGAUCGAACAAAGUUCAUUUCUACUCAAGGACCACUGACCAAUAUGUUUGAAGAUUUUUGGCAGAUGGUAUAUGAUAAUCGAUGUCCUGCGAUUGUUAUGGUCACCAAAUUUGACAGCCUUAAGUGCGAUGAGUAUCCCCCAUUGAGCAAGAGCCAUGAUAUUUUUGGAAAAUUUACCAUUGAGAUCACAAAGAUCAGAAAAGAUGGUCAAUUAGUGUUGCGUGGUGUGAAGGUGCAACGUGAUGAGUCAGAAGUAGUGCACUCACUCCUCCAUAUUGAGUAUUCUGAGUGGCCUGACCAUGGGGUGCCAAACAGCAGUACUGAUGUACAAAGAAUUCUAAAAAGAUUGUAUCACAUUCCAAGACAGCAGCCAAUAGUUUCACAUUGCAGUGCAGGCAUCGGAAGAACGGGUGCUUAUAUCACCAUCCAUAAUACAGUAGAGAAGAUUUUACUUGGAGAACUUGGUUCUGUUGAUCUUUUUGAAACUGUCAAAAGAUUUAGAUCACAGCGCCCUGGAAUGGUCCAAACAGAGGAUCAAUAUAAGUUUUGCUAUCAGGCAAUUGCAGAUGAACUGAAAGAUCUAAUAUCAAAAUCAAAACACCGAGUGGUUUUCGAGGCCACCGUCUCUGUUGGAAUGGACAGCAACCCCUCCGAAGCAGCUGGUUAUGAGCGUCAGGGAUUGGCUAUGUAUUCCCCUUCCUCUGGCAGAAACUUGUUGCCGCAGGAGCAGGAGCUUGUGGCGGCGCCGCCGCAUUUCAUCACUAGAUCAUCAGGCGGACGUGGCAGAAACGGCGGCGGCGGUGCCCCCCACUGAUUUCAUUGAAUUGUUGAUCCAGCAUUGGUGGCGUGAAUAUGACUUGCGGUCACAACAGCGUCGCGAAUCAUUGCUGGCCGAUUAUGACUUGGAGGCAGGAGGACAAGCUCGUCGGGUUGGCAGUGGUGUUGCCACUCCAGUCCAACAACCACCCGUAAAAUUCCUGCUCCCACUCCCGUAGCCUUUAUUAUCCUUUAAUUUGGCACACAUCUACAUGUAUACUAGAUGAGACAGUAAUUGAACUGAACAUGGUUUUCACGGCGUCGCCUAAGCGUCGCCUUGGCGUCCAGGCGAGCUUCAGAUUGGGGUGUCUCCUCCGCCACGCCCGUCGUUCGUAUGGUGUCGCCUCGCGCGCCAAGGCGUCGCUAAGGCAUCGGGAGGACGCCACAUGGAGGGUAAGG